ACCACCGUAGCCAAGGAUGACGAGUACGAGGGCGAGUACCUGGAGAUCGAGGGCAUCUCGCGCGACCAGGCGGGCGAGUACCAGUGUAGCGCGACCAACGACGUCGCGUCACCAGACACUCGCAGGGUGCGCGUCACCGUCAACUUCGCCCCGACGUACGUGGACGUGAGGAACCUGGGCAUGAUGCUGGGCCACCAGGGAUCCCUGCGCUGCGAGACAGCGGCCCUGCCAGCGCCCAACUUCGAGUGGUUCCGCAACGACAAGAGGCUGGUGAGUGGCGUGCGGGGUCUGCUGAUCACCGUGAGUGGACGUCGCUCGGUGCUCACCUUUCCCAACGUGACGGAGGAGCUCUACGGCAACUACACCUGCCUUGUCUUCAACUCGCUCGGGGGAGCCAACAGCAGCCUCCUGCUCAACCGUGCCACCGCCCUCGCCAACCCGGCCCAGAUACAGGGCACGGGCACAGUUCGUGAUGGCGCUGGAGGCGGCGCCACCGCCAGCGGCGCCCCCUCGCUGCCCCUCCUCCUCCUCCUCCUACUGGGCCUGAGCUCCAACGUCUUCGUUUUUAGAAUGUAACAACAAACAAACAGCAGCAGAUAACAACAACAACAAAAACAACAACAACAAACAACAACAACAAACAAACAGCAGCAGAUAACAACAACAACAAACUGAAACGUAAACAUCAACAAAAAAUAUAGAAUCGAUAAAGUCGCAUCGUCUAACAACACGGACGCACGGACAGACACAUGGCGGUGUUGUCCACGUCGCGCCUAAGCACACAGCAU